CACCAGUGUGUGGGGUAGGAGUGGACCUCUGUACUUAAUACCCAGGGGGUGCACUCUAUCUCAGCACUCCCUAACUCUCACCUCCCCCACUGUCUGACCAAGCUGAGCGUCUAAGAACACCAGCGCUCAAGGGAAGCCUGCUAGGCGCCAUGAGACAGUUGAAAGGCAAGCCCAAGAAGGAGACGUCCAAGGACAAGAAAGAGCGCAAGGCAGCCAUGCAGGAGGCACGCCAACAGGUGGCCACCGUGGUGCUGCCUACGUUGGCCGUGGUGGUGCUUGUCAUCGUGGUUUUUGUCUACGUGGCCACCAGGCCCGGGGCCAUCGAGUAACAGGCUCCACCCCUGAGACCCAGUGGGGCCACAUGCACACUCCACCAAUAACUAUGAGCCUGGAUAGGGAAUUUGCUGCACCCAAAGGAUGACCUGGGCCUCUAAGCCUUCUCCUGACAGUCCUCAACCCUACGGGCAGCCUCUGUUCUCCCAUCUCUCUCCACUCAUCCCUCUGUCCUUGUUCCCUUUCACUUUCAUUGUAGUUUGGUCCAGAGCUCAAUAGCCAGUUAGAAUGAGUUGUCUUUAAAAAAAAUGCUUCCACCAAGUGCAGUUUUCAGUGUGAAAGAAGAUUCAAGCUGCUAAACAAUCAAAAUUGAAUGAAGCCCUGUGGUGGCUUCCCAGGUGCCUUUUAGAUGGAUGGAGAUGUCUGGCACAGUUGGCCAAUUUCGGCUCACAGGCAUAACUUCCAUACAUUAUUAUUUUAUCUCCCUUAGAUUAUAAUAGUAGUCAGUAGGAUUCACAUUGGCUAUGGUGCUGUCUUGAGUUUUUCUGUGUUUUUCAUGUAUACCAAAGGACUUAGUGCACAGCUUGCCAAAUUUGACCAGGUGACAUGUUCAAUGAGGCGUAAAGGUCAAAAUAAUUAAAUUGUGUGACUAAUAUAAACCACCUCAUUGUUGAGCAAUGUGUUUUAAGACACAAUGAGAGCCUUUUUAAUUGCUUUUACCAGUUAAUCCAGCCAGCCUUUCUUCAAGCUAUGUCUAUAGAAUGUAUAGAUUUGUUUGUGAUGUCACAAGCGUUUUGCCGGGUAGCAUAGACAUAUGUCUAUGCCGGGUAGUGUGGGGCUGAGUUAGUUUUGUAAGUGUAGACAAUGAUGUAAAUGAACAAAUAUGGAAUUUCUGAAACAAGCUACCACAUUUUAAGGCAGAAAACUUGUUGUCCAGUUGGAAUCCCAAAGAAGAUGCUUUAAAUAGACUAAAUGAAGCUCUUAGAUCAUCACGGCUCAUCUCAUCCUUGUCUAGUAAAUGUUUCUCAACGAAUUUAUAGACAUAUCAGUUUCUUAAAUUAAACCAAACUAAGUCAGAUAUUCUGAUAUUCACUCUGUUUAUUUGGUUACCCACCAUUUUGUCAUAUUGCCCAUAAAAAGAAGGUGCAUAACUGAACUGCCAGAUGAGGACAACAGUGCUAGUAAAGAUAUACGAUCGCGUAGCCGUCCAAAAUCGUUAUCAUAUUUUGGUGCGUGUUGAACAAAAGAUGCUCAGCCGUUUUGCGACAUAGGACAGGAUUUAGUGGGCAAAGAUAAUUGGCAGUAUGUAACAGCUAUGUUACAUACCAUUAACCUUUUGCCCCCCUGCUGUCUGUGUGCCACAGAAACAUCCUGUUAGUUUACUGUCACGGUAAAUACAAUUAUACACAACAAAUGUGUGAUUACAAAUUAGUAUUAUGACAUGCCAGCGUUGGUUGCGUCUUAUUCAGAGAUGUUUGCGUGUGACCUGGGAGCGAAUGGGAUAUACUACAUGAAUGUGCUUGAGUAACUGAUGCAACUUUGUCACACAGGGCAGAAUGUUCCAUGUAUUACAAGUGCUACACACUUUAUCAUUAAGUUAUUGACAACCUUGACUCUGAUUCACUCAGUAUCAAUUCUGUGCAGAUGCGAAAAAUGUGCCUUAAUACAUUUGACAAUGUCUCAUUUAAGUCAAUAAAGAAGUC